AUGUUCUCGAUGACCUCGUGCUUCCUCCUCGCAACCGUGCACGCGCGCGACUUUCCUCUGCUCCCGGAAACCUACUCCCUCAGCGUCGAGGCGAACCUCAUCAAUAUGAACACGACGACGCUCCAGCACGAAGCGUACGACGGCGACCACGGCCGCGUCGCCUUCGUCGUCGUCGAGGACGGCGGCGCGUCGCGCCAUCUGGUCGAACUCGCCUCGGGCGUCGUCGUCGAGUGGACCGAACGCCGCGAGCGGGGCGGCCCGCGCGUCGCGGCGGGCUGCGCGGCGACGCCGGAGCGCCGCUCGUUCACCGUCGACCUCGCGCGCCACGAGCUCCGCACGUCCAACGAGUUCCUCGCCGCGGCGCCCGAGGGCGAGACAUACCUCGGGCUGUCGUCGGCGCGCGGCAUCGCGACGGACCUGUGGCGGAGAGCGGCGAACAACAGCUACAUCGCCUUCGAGAUGCUCUACGAGUUUUCGGCCGCCGGCUGGACCUUCGGCGGCGCCGCGGGCAACGCGACGGUGCCCGUGCGCGCGACGCUCCGCGGCACGGCCUUUUACGGCAACGACGGCGCGCCGCUGCCCGCGCCCCGCGGCUUCCACCACGUCUACGAGUUCGUGAACUACCGCGACAGCGUCGACGCGUUUCGCGACUUCGCGCUGCCCUACGAGGUCGUCUUCGAGGCGUCGGAGCGACUCGACGUCUGCGACGCGUCGGCCGUGACGGACCCGGCCCAGGUCGAGUCCCUCGCGGCCCUGGAGCGGCGAAACCCGCCGCCGACGUGCUCCGACACGACGAAGCUCAUCCUGCGGCAAAAGGCCGCGGUGCUCGUCGUCGUCGUCCUCUUCGUCGGCGCGUUCAUCGGCGGCGCCGCGGUGCUCGUCGUCAUCGCCUCCGGCGGCUUCCCGCGCACGGAGACCUUCGUGCGGCGGCGCCUCGGCAAGGCGUCCGUCGCGCGGCAGCAACUCGACGAGGACCACAUCCUCAUGCGCGUCCGCGACGUCCGCGCCGCGGCCCCGGACGCCGAGGCCGCCCCGGCGACCCUCGACGCCCAGCCGGAUAGGGAGUGCAUCUAG